CUUGUGUGUUCCCCAAACUUUUUUUCUCAGUCAAACUCAAAUCAAAACCUCAUCAUCACACUCAAUGCUCACUACUGAGUACAUAACCAACCAACCAACCAACCCUUGAACAAUCUUCAAAACAUAAAAUAAAAGCAUUGUCUCAAAUACACAUAAUCCAUCACCCUAGUGACCAAAAUCUCGCCACAAAUACAUCAAAAUAAUCAAUGUCUUCAAUUUUCAAUCUGAAACAGCUACUAUAGCUUUAAAAUUUCGCCGAAAUCAUAGCCCACCAAAAUAUAUUCAUUUUCCUUUCCCACCUCCUCUUUUAAUUCUUGAUUGACUCCCUAGUAAAUGUAAGUACUAGUCAAUCAUAUAUUACUAUAUAUUAUUACUACUAUUACCAUAUUAAAAACAUAAACAUAUUUUGUAGAAUCAAAUCAACAUGAUGUUUUUUCUUUCUUAUUGAUUUCACUAGUGAGAAUAAGAAAUUUAUUUUCCAAGGAAAAAUAAAAGAUAUGGAUGAUCUUUUGUGCCAUGAAAAAGAAACGUGCUUGGAAGUUGAAGAGAGAGAUGAAGAAUGGUCAAUGAAUCAAUCACAUCAAGAAUUUGGUGUAUCUGAGGAGGAGCAUGUUGGAUUAUUGCUUCAAAGAGAGAUUGCUUUUGGAUUCAAAAAAGAUGAAAAUGUUGUGCUUGAAGACUCCUUCAAACGUGCUCGUUUGAAUGCAAUCAAUUGGAUUCUCAAAAAAAGAGAAGCAUUGGAUUUUCACUUUGAAACAGCUUAUUUGUCAGUGACUUACUUGGAUCGAUUCCUUUCUAAACACUUCAUUGAUCAGGGUGAGAAGGAUUGGGCAAUGAGGUUGCUAUCAAUUGCAUGUCUUUCUCUGGCUGCAAAGAUGGAGGAGUGUAAUGUGCCAGAGCUAUCACAGUUUCAAUUGGAAGAUGAUUAUGUCUUUGAAGGAAAAGUGAUUCAAAAAAUGGAGCUUUUUGUACUUAGCUCAUUGGAUUGGAACAUGGGUAUCAUCACUCCCUUUUCAUUCCUUUCUUACUUCAUCAAAAAGUUCAGCAAUGAAUCACCAAGUCCUAUUAUUUCCAACACAAUGCAUCCUAUUUUCACUGUAGUAAUGGAAGAGUUCAAUUUAAUGGAUCACAAGCCAUCUGUUGUUGCAGCAGCUGCCACUUUAGUGGCAUUCGAUCAAAAGUUGACCAUAGAAGAUGUGAGAUUGAAAAUGAAUUCAAUUUCUCAACAUCCCUUACUUCAACCGGAUGACGUAUUUGCUUGCUACAGUCUAAUUCAAAGAUUGUACGAAGAGAAGAUUAAAAGAGAGGAGCAUAAGCAUUUAUGUACACCAAAUUCUUCAGUUAUUCGAUCCAGGCCAAUUGACUAUGCCGUUGCUAUGACGAAGAGAAGAAGACUCUCAUUCAUUGAUGAUGAAGAUGGUGGUGACAAGAAGGGACCGCAUCAAGAAAAUCCCAAAAUUUGAACUUUUUGAAGUUUUAACAAUUUUAUGUGAAGAUUAUGUGUUGUCUUUCUUUGUUACUUUUUGCAAUAGUAUCAUAUCACCAAGAGAGAGAGGGGGGAAAACUUACAACAGAUAAGUAUUGAUUGUUACUAGACAAAAAAUUGUUUUGGAAUUGGAUUUAUUGGUUUUACAGCUAGGAAAUGGAGGAAACAAGAAUACAAAUUCAGGUUUUGGGAUACAUAUAGUAGUAGUUAGAGACUUGGAGUGCCCAAAUCAGCAGGUAAAUGAAAGCUGUAUGCUAAUCCAGAAAGCUGCUAAAAUCCGAAGGAAUCGCCGCCAAUUUAGUCUUAGAAAUUGAAGUGUUAACCUAAUUUGGUCUCUGAAAUCCACAAACUUUUAAAGUAAUUUCUAAUAUUGCAAAUUGCAUUGUUCUUUAGGAUGAAUUUCAGAGUCUUAAUUUCAGGGAUUAAAUUGAUGAUUGGUUUGUUUUUUUUCCUCUUCCACACUUGUAUUUUCGUCACGCCUUACUUCAUAAUGGAGUUUGUUCGUCAUAUGUAUCUAUUCGAACCUACCUUUUGAUGGAUGCUUGGGAUGCUUUAGUAAUGUCUUCAAAAAGGCUAAAAGUGAGAAGAGAAAA